UCAAGUGAAUAGUGAUGACGCAGCGUUGGGGGUGUCCUUCUGAAUAAGUUAUAAUGUUUACAAAACCAGCUGAUCGGUGUGUACAUGACGUGGAGGGAAUGAUGUGACUCCACGCAACAACUCUAAUGGUAUCCUGGUCGUCCGGGAAAUGACAGUGGUCAAAGGGUUUUCCUGUGCUGGCAAAUAGCUUAUCUAGCUGGAUUCGUACACGUUGUGAAGGACACGUCGAAGCCGCAAGUAUAAAAAUAACAAGAUCUACAACCUAAAUUCAUUGAACGUGAAGUUUUGAUCAGGAUUGUACUGCUAGCUUACCUCUAUAACUGAGAUCAACCUAUCGUAUCUAGUUUGUUCCUCAGAGUAAAAGUUUGGGUAGACCCAGUACGUACCGCUCUCUCAAUCGUUUUACCAGUACCAGUAAGGAAAAAAAAGUAAAUCAGUAAAAAACAAAAUAAUAAUAAUAAACAAGCAAAUCCUGAUCAUCGAUCGAAGAAAGUCACUCUUCUUAGUAGGCCCCUAUCUUCGAUUCGCAAUUCUAACAACUUAAAGAUGGGUCACUGGUUGUCUAAACUGAAGAAUGCUAUGUCUGAACUGGCGUUGAGUGGAAGCGGACCUCCCCUCCGCAUCCUCAUGCUUGGACUCGAUGCAGCAGGUAAGACAACGAUCUUGUUCAAGCUGAAACUGAACGAGGUUGUGACGACGAUCCCAACCAUAGGCUUCAAUGUGGAGACAGUCAAUCCGCUACCAGGGGUUUCCUUCACCGUUUGGGAUAUAGGCGGCCAGGAGAAACUCCGACAGCUAUGGAGACACUAUUACCAAGGAACGCAGGGUCUGAUCUUCGUGGUUGAUAGCAGCGAUAAGGAGCGUUUGUACGAGGCUCGUGAUGAGUUGUUCGGCAUCCUCCAGAGCUCUGAGAUCGGCCCAGAAGUCCCCGUAGUGGUCCUCGCCAACAAACAGGAUCUGCCGGGGGCUCUCAAGCCUUCCGAUGUCGCCGAAGCGCUGAACCUGCAUCGCCUGUCUCAAAACCCCUGGCACAUCCAGGCAACCUGCGCUCCUGACGGGGAGGGCAUCUACGAGGCGGUGGGGAUGCUUGCCAAGAUGGUCCGGGAAAGCAGGAAGGGUGGACGAAUACUAAGACGAAUUCAAGCAACGAUGGGGCUUCUGCUUUCCAAACUAGCGAGCUCUCUGCAGAGUUUCGUAUCGGGAGGUGCUCCCUGCCGAAUCCUGAUGCUUGGUCUUGAUGCUGCCGGCAAGACAACUCUCCUGUACAAGCUGAAACUCAACGAGGUGGUCACGACAGUGCCAACCAUCGGCUUCAAUGUGGAGACGGUGUCCCCUGCCCCCGGGCUGACCUUCACGGUAUGGGACGUGGGCGGUCAGGACAAGAUCAGAGCUCUCUGGAAACAUUACUUCCGGGGUACAGAAGGCGUUGUGUUUGCAGUGGAUAGUUCCGACUCUAGCCGAUUCGAGGAGGCGAGAGAGGAGCUGUUUCGGGUGAUGCAAGAUGACAACAUGUACUCUGGGGUUCCGGUGGUAGUCAUGGCCAACAAGCAAGAUUUACCGACCGCAGUGAGCCCGGCCAAACUCUGUGAUGCAAUGCGACUGCGCAGUCUGCCCAGGAACAAUCCUUGGCACAUCCAGGGGACUUGCGCCACCAACGGCGAUGGAGUGCUUGAAGCGGUGACGGCCCUGGGCAAGAUGGUGAAACAGUUCAAGACAGAAAACCGGCAUUAGACUGCUGUCAACAAAACUACAGAGGUUUUUAAAAAUCGGGAAAUAGAACAUUAAAAAAAGUAAAGUUUGUCACGAGCCAAUUUGGCCCAUCAGGCUGGCGUUUAUCAGGCCG